AUUCGACAACCAUCGAUUGGUUAUACAAGAGACACUUACGUCUCUGAGUAUCGCCGCAGGGUCGAGUGUGCACUGAACAUAGAAGCCCAACAUUCAUCAAUGUGCCCAUACGUGAUGUACUUUGAGCAUGGCACGGAGCCAAGCACCAGGAACUAG